CUCUCUUUUCAACUCAUACCACACCUGGUUUCUUUCCAGCUUUUUCAACAUGGCUGCCCAGGCUAGUGAAAAGCUGCAGAAGCUCGACCUCAACGGUCAGAGCGGCGAUGCGAAGGUCGACGCUCCCGCCGCUGGUCAGGCUGGAACCGGAGAGGCGGAGGAUGAUUCCGACGACGAUGAAGUCGAGGAUAAUAACGCUGGCGCUGAAGGCGCAGCUAAUGGAGCCGCCAAGAAAAAGAAGAAGCGCAAGUCCAAGAAGAAGAAGAAGGGUGGCGCCAAGGUCCAGAGCUCUCCUCCGCGCGUUCCGAUCUCGACUUUGUUCCCGAACAACCAGUUCCCCGAAGGAGAGAUUGUCGAGUACCAGAAUGAAAACUCCUACCGCACUACCAACGAGGAGAAGCGCUAUCUCGACCGCAUGAACAAUGACUUCUUGCAGGAGUACCGCCAGGGUGCUGAAGUGCACCGCCAGGUCCGCCAGUAUGCGCAGAAGAACAUCAAGCCCGGCCAGACUCUGACGGAAAUCGCCGAGGGCAUCGAAGACGCUGUUCGUGCUCUGACGGGCCACCAGGGCCUGGAGGAGGGUGACAACAUCAAGGGUGGUAUGGGUUUCCCGUGUGGUCUGAGUCUCAACCACUGUGCCGCCCACUAUACACCCAAUGCGGGCAAUAAGAUGGUGUUGCAGGAGAGCGAUGUCAUGAAGGUCGAUUUUGGAGCUCACAUCAACGGACGGAUUGUCGACAGUGCCUUCACUGUUGCCUUUGAUCCGGUCUAUGACCCUCUCCUGGCGGCUGUCAAGGACGCCACCAACACUGGUAUCCGGGAAGCCGGUAUUGAUGUUCGCAUGAGUGACAUCGGUGCCGCUAUUCAGGAAGUCAUGGAGAGCUACGAAUGCGAGAUCAACGGAACUAUGCACCCCGUUAAAUGUAUUCGAAACCUCAACGGUCACAACAUUGACCAACACAUUAUCCACGGUGGGAAGAGCGUUCCCAUUGUGAAGGGCGGAGAUCAGACCAAGAUGGAGGAGGGUGAAGUCUUCGCCAUCGAGACCUUUGGAAGUACCGGAAAGGGCUAUGUGCACGAGGAUAUGGAAACCUCUCACUACGCUCUGGUCCCUAACGCUGCUCCGGUGCCUUUGCGUCUUUCUUCCGCCAAGAAUCUGUUGAACGUUAUUAACAAGAAUUUUGGAACUCUUCCCUUCUGUCGUCGGUACCUCGACCGGUUGGGCCAAGACAAGUACCUCCUUGGGCUAAACAACCUGGUGCAGUCGGGCAUUGUUCAGGACUACCCCCCGCUUUGCGAUAUUAAGGGCUCUUACACCGCCCAGUACGAACAUACCAUCGUCCUCCGACCUAAUGUAAAGGAGGUGAUCAGUCGCGGAGACGACUACUAAGAUGGGUCUUUUUAUGCCUAUGAAUUCUGCCACGGCAUGCGAUAUGUUUGCUUAAAUAGCCUAUAUAGAAAACACAGAACAAGGUUGUGUAGGAAAGGAAUGAACAGUACCGGC